UCUUCAUCCAAGCUCAACAAUGGCUGCCACCAGCAUGGCUCUCUCCUCUCCUUUUGCCGGACAGGCAGUCAAAGUAGCUCCAUCUGGUUCUGAGCUUUCUGGGAAUGGACGGGUUUCCAUGAGGAAGACUGCAGCCAAGCAGGUCGCCUCUGGAAGCCCCUGGUACGGCCCAGAUCGAGUCAAGUACUUGGGCCCAUUCUCCGGUGAGGCACCAAGCUACCUUACCGGCGAAUUCCCAGGUGACUACGGCUGGGACACCGCCGGACUUUCUGCAGACCCCGAAACCUUUGCCAAGAACCGUGAACUUGAAGUCAUCCACUGCAGAUGGGCCAUGCUUGGAGCUCUAGGAUGCGUCUUCCCUGAGCUUUUAGCCAGAAAUGGUGUCAAGUUCGGUGAGGCAGUAUGGUUCAAGGCUGGAGCCCAGAUCUUCAGCGAGGGUGGGCUCGACUACUUGGGCAACCCAAGUUUGGUUCAUGCCCAGAGCAUCUUGGCCAUUUGGGCUACUCAAGUCAUCUUGAUGGGUGCUGUUGAGGGUUACAGAAUUGCCGGUGGACCCCUUGGUGAGGUUGUCGACCCACUUUACCCUGGUGGUAGCUUUGACCCAUUGGGGCUUGCCGAUGACCCAGAGGCUUUUGCAGAGCUGAAGGUGAAGGAGAUAAAGAAUGGUAGGUUAGCCAUGUUCUCCAUGUUUGGUUUCUUUGUUCAAGCCAUUGUCACUGGAAAGGGACCAUUGGAGAACCUAGCUGACCACGUAGCUGACCCCGUUGCCAACAAUGCUUGGUCCUAUGCUACAAACUUCGUCCCUGGAAACAAGUUUGCUGGAGCCCAGAUCUUCAGUGAGGGUGGGCUUGACUACUUGGGCAACCCAAGUUUGGUUCACGCACAGAGCAUCUUGGCCAUUUGGGCUACACAAGUCAUCUUGAUGGGUGCUGUUGAGGGUUAUAGAAUUGCCGGUGGACCCCUUGGUGAGGUUGUCGACCCACUUUACCCUGGUGGUAGCUUCGACCCAUUGGGUCUUGCCGAUGACCCAGAGGCUUUUGCAGAGCUGAAGGUUAAGGAGAUAAAGAAUGGUAGAUUAGCCAUGUUCUCCAUGUUUGGGUUCUUUGUUCAAGCCAUUGUGACCGGAAAGGGACCACUAGAGAACCUGGCUGACCACCUUGCCGACCCUGUUGCCAACAACGCUUGGUCCUAUGCUACAAACUUUGUCCCCGGGAAGUAAACAUCAUAUGUAUAUGAGAGUGAGUAUAGAUGACAUCUGAUGUGAAUUGUUUGUGAAUUAUUAUGUAGCUGUAUAUGGUUGUUUCUGAAUCACAUUGGUUCUUGCAUAAGUUUACUUUUCUGCAUGUCCUUUGCCUGUACACUAGUUUAGCCUUCUGCCGGGUAAUAUAACUUCAUACUGUGGUUCUGGAUUCUA